AUGUCCGUGUUGGGCGACUCCCGGACCAGAAGGGACGCCAUCAAGAAGAUGUCGUCGGGGGGACGCCCCAGCUGCAGCGGCAACACGACGGACGACCGAGAAUUUGUAGACAACGGCGGCAAUAAUAAUAAGCAAGUCAACACGACCGAGUACAUAAACAAACUGCGGGUCCGAUUCUUGUCCGCCGGGAUCGGGGCUUACAUCGUGCCCACUGACGAUGCUCAUCAGGCAAGAGGAUCAUUCCUCAUUUAUUUCUCGAUUCCGUUGCAAAUUAAAAACUUUAAAAGCGAAUAUGUGCAUCCUUGCGAUGCCAGGAGAGAGUUCAUUUCAGGUUUCAGUGGGUCAGCUGGAACAGCGGUCAUCACUUUGGAAAAGGCUGCUUUGUGGACCGAUGGGCGAUACUUUUUGCAAGCUGAAGAAGAACUGGACUGCAAUUGGAUUCUGAUGAAAGUCGGCCAAAACGGAAUUUUAAGCAGCAAAAAACACAUUCCAGCUGACAAAAAUCUGCAGUUGAAAUCGAUUCCCAGCAACCUGGUUGAUGAAGUCUGGAGCACGUCUCAACCCGAAUGCCCGAAGGACACUAUUUAUCCUCUCAGCUUCCAAUUUGCUGGAAAAUCCUGGGAAGACAAAGUGAUGAACGUUAGAGAAGAGCUCCAGCAAGGAGGAAACGACGCCAUCGUUUUGUCAUCGUUGGAUGAAAUCGCUUGGCUUUUGAACUUGAGGGGUUCAGAUCUUCCGAAUACCCCCGUUUUCAAGGCAUAUUUGAUCCUUGAUAUGACUUCACUUUCCCUGUUUGUCAAUCCGGCCAAGGUCACAAAUGAUGUCAAGGCCCAUUUGAAGUCUGAGGGCUGCGAAACGGGUCCCAAUUGCGUCAAACUGUCCAACUACGACAAGUUCUUCGAAUUCCUGGGACAAACGAGGACGAAAACCUACCAGAAAAUACUCAUUCCUUCCAGAUACAGUUAUUCUGGUGGAGCUUCUUUCGCAAUCUACGAAGAGUUGACCAGAGGAAGUCUCAAAUUUACCUUUGCUCCUUCGCCUGUUCUGUUCCACAAGGCCAGAAAGAACGAGGUGGAAAUUGCCAAUAUCAGGAGAUGUGAGAUCAGGGAUGCUGCAACUUUGAUCGAGUUUCUGGAAGUUCUGGAAUCCGGGAUAGGGACAUAUUCUGGCUCGGGGUCAAAAGACGUGCAACUGAAACUCUUGCAACGUAUAGGCUCAAAUGGAGCCAUAAUUCACUACAAGCCAGAAGAGAAGACAAACAAACGAAUUGUGACAGACAACAUGUACCUUCUUGACUCCGGAGGACAAUACAAAGAUUGCACCACAGAUGUCACCAGGACGUUGCAUUUUGGUACCCCCACUGACUUUCAAAGAGAAGCUUACACCAGGGUGCUCAUGGGAGCCAUUGAUUUGGCAAUGGCCGUGUUCCCGAAGGGCACCACAGAUGUCGCUGUUGACUUUGUCGCCAGACAACACUUGUUCAAUGUCGGACUCAACUACAGGCAUGGAACUGGUCAUGGAAUAGGAAUGUUUUUAGGAGUCCAUGAAGAACCUGGGUAUUAUGAAGAUGGAAAGUUCGGUAUACGAUUGGAGACGAUCGUCACGGUUGUGGAGAAAAAUCUGCCGAGAAAUUUCGAUGGUCCUUACCUUGGACUGGAACCCGUCACCUUCGUCCCAUUCGAGCCGAAGCUGAUUUGCGCAGAACUCCUGUCAACCAAACAGAAAAAUUGGCUCAACAACUACAACGCCGAGCACUCUCUGUUUUAA